UGGAGCUCGGGGACCCUAGGGUGGCAGAAGUGGUGGCAAGGCGUUGGAGAUGAGUGUUCAGGUCACUGUGACCCUGUUAAGUGCUAAAGGACUGAGAUGACAAAACUAAAUGAGGGCUGUGGGGUCCUGAUGUAAAGAUCAGAUGACUUGUGAGUGGGCCCCGGAGUGAGGGAACAGGGUAGAAGUCUGACUGGACAGCGACCCAGCAGCUCCACCACCGCGGAGCCAAGCUCUACCUGGACCCGCCCACAGGUCCCACCCACCAGCCACGCCCACAGGGCAACCACGCUCCAGCCUGACCACGCCCCCGUUGCCCAGGUCUGGCUCUGGCUAGCUGGGCGAGUGGAGUCAAGAAAGGACGCGCCACACCAGCUGUCCACCGACCCCCCCAGUCCCGGCCCUCGCGCCCAUGGCCGCACCCGGACCCCGCGCCUUGCGUGCUGCUCUCUGCGGCGGCUGUUGUUGCCUCCUCCUGUGUGCCCAGCUGGUUCUAGCUGGGAAAGGAGCUCAUGGCUUUGGGCGGGGAGCCCUGCUCCGACUGAACGUCUGGCCUACUGCCCAGGGGGGCUGUAAACACCUGGGACACUGUGAACGCUGUGUGGACAGAGCCCACAACCUCUCUAUUUGUGUCUGGCAGCAAUGCGAGCCAGAGGAGCCAGGACACUGUGUGGCCCAAGCUGAGGCAGUCAAGGAGGGUUGUUCAAUCUAUAACCGCUCAGAGUCAUGCCCAGCUUCCCACCAUCAUUCCACUGAGGAACCGAAGGCAAGUACCACAGGGAGUCCCCCCAUCCCUGAAGACCACAGCCCAGGUUUUGACGGAGCUAGCUUCAUUGGGGGCAUUGUGCUAGUACUGAGUCUGCAAGCAACAGCUUUCUUUGUGUUGCGCUUCCUCAAGGCCAAGGACAGCACUUACCAGACACUAAUCUGACCCCAGUGGUCCUGGCUCCUCCUUGAAGGGACAGAGGACUCAGAGGUUACCCUCUUGGUUGCUUUAUGGGCACUGGGGGUGGGGCAAACUUUGGCCACCAGUUUCUGGUCCCUGUAGGCACAGGGCACCAAGCAGGCUUAGCUCUGAUGGCUGACAAUUCCUGUCCUGAGCCUGAUACCUGCAGCUGAGAGCACCCUCCAGCCACCUCGUGUCUCAUCCAGCCAGCUGGGCCCCCUAAGCUGCUGCCUCUUCCUACCAUCCCACCCUGGAGUCUACCCUCAAAUAAAGGACCUGUUUCCACCCCA